AUGUCGAUUUUAUCUUGGUUAUUUAAGAGUAAUGAUAAAAAACCAAAUCAACAGCAACAGCAACAAAAUGAUACAUCUUCCUCGCUAUCCAAUAAUCAAAUAAUAUUCGAAACAGAUGAUAUCGUAAUUAAAACACCAUUAAAUAUCGAUAAUGAUGAAUCAUAUAUCGAUGAUUACAAUUACUUUGAUGCACCAAACUUUAAUUCAUAUAGAACACCCCUAUCACUAAAAACAAUCACUACCACCUCAGCAACAACAACAACAGUAAUAAAUAACAAUAAUAAUGGCUUUAUAACAGAUAAUAAUAAACUUACAAAUCAUCUCAAUAAAAGUUUUAGCGAUAAUUUACCAAAUGAAAUUGUUAUUUCUUUUGAUACAACUGGUAAAAUGUUUAGUUUCUUUCAAGAGUUUAAGAUACAAUUGGAUAGAAUUUUAUCAAGUUUAUUUAAUAGCUUUCCAUUAUUAAAGAUAUCAAUUAUGGCACAUGGAGAUUAUUGUGAUGAUAUUAGACAUACUUCAUAUUUUAAUAGAUCCAUUUCGAUACUACCAUUUACAAAUAACAUCAAAGAAAUCAAAUUAUUUGUAGACUCAAUAGAAAAAACAAACGGUGGCGAUGCUCCAGAAUGCUAUGAAUAUGCCAUGAGAAAAGCCAGAGAAUUACCUUGGAGUGUUCAUUCAAAAAAAACUUUAAUAAUGAUUGGGGAUGAUGUACCACAUCCACCAAGCUUUACCGAUCAACAUUUUUACUGGAGAAAUGAAUUACAUUAUUUAACAAAAAUUGGUACUAAGGUUUAUGGUAUUCAAUGUAAUAACAAUAGACAUGCCAAGUUAUUUUAUGAAGAAUUAGCAACAUUAUCAAAUGGAAGAUAUGUUCAUUUAAAGAGUCCAAAAGAUAUAGGUGAUUUAAUUUUAACAAUUUCAUAUAGAGAUUUUAGUAAUAUUAAAUACAGUUAUUUUAGUGAUGAAAUAUUACAAAAAAUUAUAUUUAAUAAUAACAAUAACAACAAUAACAAUGAAUAUUUUGAAAAUAAGAAAAAAGAAUUACAAAAUAAAUUUUAUCAAUUAUUUCAAGCAGCAUUUACACGUGAAAGAGAUUCAUCGAUUAAUAUCAGAUUUCCAUGGUGGGACAUUGCAUUUGAUGUUUCACCAAACCCAAGAUUCAUUUGGAAUGAUGAAUCAAAACUCUUUAUCGAAAAUAUUAUUUCAGUUCAAAAUGAAAAAUCUCAAAUUAUUCCAUUUGCAUCACAAUUAGCAAUCGAGACCACUACAACCCCAGUGUCAAGUAAGGUUCAAAGAUGUUCUCCCUCUUCGAUAUAUAAAAGUCCAAGUAUCAAUAGUCUCCACUCGAUUCAAUCUGAUCUAAAUUUACUUCAUCAAGAAAAUAAUAUGAUUAAAACUGUUUCAAAACCCACCAACUCUUAUAGUUCACUAUUUUAUCAAAACAAUACUUCAUUUUAUAACUUACCAUUUAUAAAUAAUGAUAGUGAUAUCAAUUAUAAUAUUUUUAAUAAUGGCAAUAAUAACAAUAAUAGCUUUAAUUUUUCAAUUGCUGGUAUGUCAAUAAUACCUGAUAAAUUAAAUAAUACAUUUUUACAACAAAACAAUCAUAUUAAUGGUAAUCAUGAAAAUGAUCAUCAACAUCAACAUCAACAUGAAAAAGAAAAAGAAAAUAAACCCGAAAUCCAUGAAUCUGAAAUUGAUUCGGAUCAACUCGAACAAGAACAGGAACAAGGACAAAAAGAAAAGGAAAUAAUAGAAUCAUUAGAUGAAAAAGAAGGAGUGUUUAAAAACGAUGUUUCAAAUAGUAUCAAUGGUGAUGAAAUUGGAUUAUUAUCAUCAACAAAAAAAAGAAAACUGGAUACUUUUAUUAAUCAAAAUAAUAAUCAUGUAAAUAGUCAUAACGAUAACAACAACAACAACAACAACAACAGUAAUAAUAAUAAUAAUAAUAAUAAUAAUAAUAAUAAUAAUAAUAAUAAUAAUAAUAAUAAUAAUAAUAGUAGUAACAACACCAGUGAUAAUGAUGAUAAUUAUGAAACCAUUAAUUCAAAUUUAUUUUCAGAGUUUAUAAAACAAUCAUCAACAGCCCCAUCCUCCCCAUCACAUCAACCCGCUUUAAAAAAACUUUACACUGAAUCAAUUAAUAAUAAUUCAACAGCUUUAUUAACCUAA